AUGGCAGACCCAGCCACACAAGGCCAAGAGCAAAUGAAGCUCCCGCACGCACGCCCAGCCGAGAAACUGCUCGUUGUAGUCAUGGGCGUGUCAGGCUGCGGCAAAUCGACCUUGGGAGCGCACAUAGCUUCGGCGCUUUCUAUUCCCUUCAUCGACGCGGAUGAUCUGCAUCCCAAGUCUAAUGUUGAGAAGAUGUCUCGCGGCGAACCGCUGACAGACGAAGACCGGGCACCGUGGCUGGAGCGCGUGCGAGAGGCAGCUGCAGCAGCCGCACACCAUACCGCGCAGGAUCACAUCCCCGGGCCGGAAGCCGUCGAGGAAGCGAAGCAUGAGACGAACUCGUCCGGCGGUACUGGCGAGACGCAUCCCGAGCAUCCACCCGAGCAUGCAUCGGACUGCCCUCCACCCGCCCCUCUACCUAAGCAUCCUGCAGAUCUUCUACCAGCGCCUGCAGAACACGAACUGACGCAUCCAGGAGAGAGCGAGAAGGGCGGUGCAGCGGUGGUCGCGUGCAGUGCGCUCAAGGUCAAAUAUCGCGACGUCUUGCGCGGGGGCCCUUUGCGCACGGUCUUCGUACACCCCCAUGGAGAGUACGAUGUUCUACUCGCACGCAUGCAUCAUCGAAAGAGCCAUUUCAUGAAGGCGAACAUGUUGGAUUCGCAGCUGGCGACGUUGGAGGAUCCUAUAGACGAGCCGGACUGCGUGCGUGUGCCGGUCGAGGUGGGGAUGAUUGAGCAGGUGGAGAUUGCGCUCGAUGGGCUGCAGAAGAUGGGUGUAGUGACGAGGGAGUAG